AUGUCUAUAUACGCGGCCGGAGAAAUAGACUUGGAUUGGGAGAGAGAGACCAGGUUUUUGAACAAACAAUAUCCUAUCGUUGUCUUCAGCAAGACGUACUGCCCGUACUCCAAACGAGCCAAGGAGCUCCUUGCCGCGUAUAAUAUUCAACCAACACCAAAGAUCGUCGAAGUUGAUAUGAGAGACGACAACAACGUGAUAAAGCUCCUCCUAAGCCGCCUGACGCAUCACUCGACGUUCCCAAAUAUUCUUAUACAAGGCAAGUCAAUUGGAGGUUCAGACGACCUCAUUGCGCUUCACAACGACCGAACACUUGCGAAAAUGCUGGAACGUGCUGGUGUAACGAUACAGUCGGACCUCGAAUUCUAA